AUGAGUCAAACGAGCCUCACGGAAAGUAGCUCCGGCGAGCCUCGCCAAGCAUUCGACAACACAACGACUCUUCGGCUGAACUCGCCUUAUUUGGCGGUAGAACCAUCACAAGGAAACAAGCAAUCAUUCGCCUUGCAAGGCCGAUACGUUUACAAAACAACCGCCACCUCAAUCACCCCAACCUAUCACGUCUCUACCCGCAACACACAAACCGGCAACCCAUGGCAGCUGCAAAUUUGCCGUCUUCUGCCCAACGAUGCCCGCCGACUGAGUGCAGCCUCGAGCAGCGGGGCUCCGGAGCCUUUUGUCAAAUACGAUGAUGACUUGACCAUUUACUCUGGCGAAAAGAUCCACAUCCCCAUCAGCCUGGGAACGAAGCCUCUGCUCGUCGUCAGAGGACAGAAGCAGGGCACCGUCCAAGGAAGUGUUUUGAUGGAAAAGUCCAGCAAGUCAUACAAGUUCUUCCACAUGAUUCCCAUAAGACGUGCCGCGACGCAAGCUGAGGAGGAGAGGAUGCAGGCGCUCAUGCAUAAGCGCGGGUACCGUGAUAGCGAUGAUUGGAAGAAGAAGCUCCUGCUGACAGUGCAAGAGGGCCCAGAUAAGGCAUCCAAGGAACUAUUAUGGAUCGACGAAGAUGGGAAGGUUGCAGCGACUGAGAAGGAUGGCAACCUGGAAUUCAUGGACGAGAUAGACACGAAGAAGAGGGAUUUUAUUGUUGUAUGUUGGGCAUGCAAAAACUUUGUUCUUUCCACUUAG